GGGUGGGUUUCAUCAAAGUUCCCAAGUCCUUGGAAGUGUGCUCAAGGAGUCCCAAGCGUGUGAGAAACCUUGGGCAUGUUUCACGAAAGCUCCCAAGCCUUGGAACUCUGCCUAUCUCGCUCGCCGCCUUGGGAGGCCGUGCGGGGUCUCCCAAGCGCUCCCAAGGAAGGUUCCAAGGGUCAGACUGUAAACAUGGCAGCCCGUGAACAACAACGCCAGCACCGACCAAGGAAUUUUCGCCCGAGAAGGGACAUCUUUAACGAGUACGAUGACACCGAGUUCAAGAAGAGGUACAGGGUGGAUCGUGCUGGCCUGUUGUUCAUCACUGACCUGGUGCAACGCGUGAUUGGCAACAGGACUGAGAGGAGCCGUGCGGUCACAGCGGAGCUGAAAGUGGCGUUGACUCUGCGAUACCUCGCCACCGGGAAAAUGCAGCAGUGCAACGCUGAUGACUUUGGAGUUUCCCGGGCCACAGUCAGCAGAAUCAUCACCCAGACCGUGGAUGCUCUCGUGACACAAGAGAAUAUGAGGCGGUUCAUGGGCUUCCCUUUAAACCGGGGGGAGCAGCAGAGAAUGAAGGCGGAGUUUGCCGAAAUUGCUGGUUUUCCCGGUGUGGUGGGUGCUGUUGAUGGCACCCACGUAAGAAUAGUGGCCCCACAUGAGCACGAAGAAGUGUACGUCAACCGCAAGAACUACCACAGCAUCAAUGUGCAAGUGUUAUUUGAUGCACAGUACAAGCUGCGGGACAUGGUGGCGAGGUGGCCAGGGUCUACUCACGACUCACGGAUUCUAAGAGAGAGUGGUCUCUGGGAUAUCUUUGAGCAAAAUCUAGCUGGUCCUGGGUGUUACAUUCUCGGGGACAGUGGCUAUCCCUCAAAGCGAUGGCUGCUUACACCAUACCCACGGCCACAAGAAGGGCACCAAGCAGCUUACAACAGUGCACACAAAAGAACAAGGAGCGUGGUCGAGAGAGGCAUCGGUCAGCUCAAACGCCGAUUUCACGUCCUGCACGGAGAAAUCAGGCUCGAACCCAGAAAAGCUUGCAGAGUCAUUAUGGCGUGUGGCAUACUUCACAACAUUUGCAAGCUACGUAACAUCGAGCUUGACGAAGAGGAUGACAUUGGUGAUGAGCCUGCUGGUGAUGAGGGGUUCCAGCCAGAGGAUGGCAGACCUGCUGCUGUCCAUGAAGGGGCUCUCUUCAGAGAACACAUUGCUCGCCAACAUUUUAGGGUUGCGGCAUAAGCUGUUGCAAUGGCCCCCCUUCCACAGCUCUACAACUACAACUUGUAAAGCACUUUUGGACAAAGUCGGUUCUGCAUGGGAUCUUCAUGCAAGGAUGUAGAAUAAAUUACAUGUUUCAGAA